UACCUACUUUUUUGUGCAGCCAUUUCCUCGUAGUUAAGAGAGAUCAGUACUCUCUCCUUCCAUUUCCCCCUUCUCUUCAACUCCUCUCUUUACUCUUUCUAAUUUCCACUCUGCCUUUUCCUUUUCUCUCAAAAUUUCUACCAAAAUCGAUCAUCUCCUCUCUUCCUCUUCCAUAAUAUUCCAUUUCCACCGACACAGACCAUGGAGGGUUCUAGUGCCAAUGCAGUGAUCCAGUUGAGAGAUUCCAUCCACAAAUCUGGCUUCUCUACACAAGAUUACUCGGAUGCAACGAUGAUGAGGUUUUUGAUUGCGAGAUCGAUGGAAGUUCCGAAAGCAGCGAAGAUGUUUGUGCAAUGGAAGAAGUGGAGAGAUGCAACGGUUCCGAAAGGAUUGAUCGCGGAAUCGGAGGUUGAAGAUGAGUUGAAAGCUAAGAAAAUUUUCUUACAAGGAAUAUCCAUUAAACAACUCCCAGUCAUGAUAGUUAUGGCCAAUCGCCAUUUUCAUUCCAAGGAUCAAGUCCAGUUUAAGAAGUUUAUAGUUCAUCUCUUGGACAAGGUGAUUGCAAGUGGUUGCAAAGGCAAAGAAAUUGGGAAUGAAAAGUGGAUUGCCAUUGUUGAUCUUCAACAAAUCUCAUACAAGAAUGUUGACCCACGUGGACUCAUCACAGCCUUUCAAUUUUUACAGAAUUACUAUCCAGAACGCUUGGGGAAGUGCUUCAUUCUAAACAUGCCAUGGUUUUUCGUUAGCAUUUGGAGAAUGAUUUCUCGUUUUGUUGACACUGCAACGCUAAAAAAUAUUUUAAUUGUGAGCAGUGAAGAAGAAAAAAGGAUUAUGAUAGAGGAAGUUGGAGAAGAAGUAUUGCCAAUUGAGUACGGUGGAAAGGCAAAGUUUAUUGUUCUUCAAGAUGUGGUUCUUCCUCACUUACAUGGUUGAAUAUAAUGUUGUGGAUUUUUGUUCAAUGAUUACUUGUAAUACGUUAAAUUAUUAAACCUUAAACUAUCAUUUUCUUCUUCUUAUGAUGAAAUUUGUUUAAUUUUAAUUUUUAUCAAUUUUA